AAUAAUCGAAAGCACGUUUCUGAUUUCGCGCGCCGGAAGCCCUGUCUCUUCGAGCUUCCUGUAUCAGGUGGGCUGCAGACAACGCUGUUCAGUGCACAAAAAUGGCGCCUAAGAGAGGAAAGGUUCAGAAGGAAGAAGUGCAACUCUCCCUCGGGCCUCAAGUUCGAGAAGGAGAAUUCGUUUUUGGCGUCGCCCACAUUUUCGCCAGUUUCAACGACACAUUUGUUCAUGUAACCGAUUUGUCUGGCAGAGAAACUAUUGCUCGUGUCACCGGAGGAAUGAAAGUAAAAGCUGAUCGUGAUGAGGCAUCACCUUAUGCUGCUAUGUUGGCAGCACAGGAUGUCGCAGAAAAAUGCAAAUCGCUUGGUAUUUCUGCAUUGCACAUUAAACUCAGAGCAACCGGCGGUAACAAGACGAAAACUCCUGGACCAGGUGCUCAGUCUGCAUUGAGAGCUCUUGCUCGAUCUAACAUGAGGAUCGGUCGUAUCGAGGAUGUCACGCCGAUUCCUUCUGACUCUACACGCCGAAAGGGAGGCCGUCGUGGUCGCAGGCUUUAAAGGACUUACUGUACUAUGUAUGGUUUGCUAUCUUAUUACAAUAAAUUUAUAAAAUUAA